GUCACCACUCUGAAGAAGCACCAGGAAGCCAACUAUCAAGCGAAGAAAUUCUGAGCGGGCGACGUCAUGACGCACAACGCCCGUCCCCCGCUCAAGGGCGCACAAGACGCGUAAAUAAGACGUCGACGGCCGGCAGGCAGCUUCGGGGCCUGACGGGAUUGUGGCGGUCUUCUCUCCCAACUCGGAAGCUGCGGCUACCUCCAGACGCUCUCAAGAUGGCGACCUCUCUGGGUUCCAACACCUACAACAGGCAGAACUGGGAGGAUGCGGACUUCCCUAUUCUGUGCCAGACGUGUCUUGGAGAAAACCCAUAUAUCCGAAUGACCAAAGAAAAGUACGGGAAGGAAUGCAAAAUCUGUGCCAGGCCGUUCACAGUGUUUCGUUGGUGCCCCGGGGUCCGCAUGCGUUUCAAGAAGACUGAAGUUUGCCAGACCUGCAGUAAAUUGAAGAAUGUCUGUCAGACCUGCCUCUUGGACCUAGAGUAUGGCUUGCCCAUCCAGGUUCGUGACGCAGGAUUGUCUUUUAAGGAUGACAUGCCAAAGUCUGAUGUCAACAAAGAAUACUAUACACAGAAUAUGGAGCGAGAAAUUUCUAACUCUGAUGGAACACGGCCAGUUGGCAUGUUGGGGAAGGCCACAUCCACCAGUGACAUGCUGCUCAAACUGGCCCGGACCACACCCUACUACAAAAGAAAUCGGCCCCACAUUUGCUCCUUCUGGGUGAAAGGAGAAUGUAAGAGAGGAGAGGAGUGUCCAUACAGACAUGAGAAGCCAACAGAUCCAGAUGACCCCCUUGCUGAUCAGAACAUUAAAGACCGAUAUUAUGGAAUCAAUGACCCUGUGGCAGAUAAACUUUUAAAGCGGGCAUCAACAAUGCCUCGUCUGGACCCACCAGAGGACAAGACUAUCACCACACUGUAUGUUGGUGGUCUGGGUGAUACCAUUACUGAGACAGAUCUAAGAAAUCACUUCUACCAGUUUGGAGAGAUCCGGACAAUCACUGUUGUGCAGAGACAGCAGUGUGCUUUCAUCCAGUUUGCCACAAGGCAGGCUGCAGAAGUGGCUGCUGAGAAGUCCUUUAACAAGUUGAUCGUCAAUGGCCGCAGGCUCAACGUGAAAUGGGGAAGCUCUUCCUCCUCCUCCUGCUGCAGAAGAAGAGGCCUCAGCCAACUACUUCAACCUACCCCCCAGCGGUCCUCCAGCCGUGGUGAACAUCGCCCUGCCACCCCCGCCUGGUAUUGCCCCGCCCCCACCCCCAGGUUUUGGGCCACACAUGUUCCACCCAAUGGGACCACCCCCUCCUUUCAUGAGGGCUCCAGGACCAAUCCACUAUCCUUCUCAGGACCCUCAGAGGAUGGGCGCUCAUGCCGGGAAACACAGCAGCCCCUAGCACAUUAUCACCACUCUGGGGCUCUACAGAAGAGAGGGCGCUUAAAAAUCCCAGUAAAUGAAUCUUGGAAUAAAUAUAUUUUUCCUUCCUUUGUAGUUUCCAUGAUAGCGGAAUGUAUUCAGAUGUGGGCAGUUGGAGAACAACAGCCAUGCUUUCCUACAUGUGCUCAAAGGAUUGAUGGACCUGAAAUAAGCUGCCAUUAACAUAUCUGGUUACUACUAUAACAUUACUAAUAAAGUUUAAUGUCUCUUCCCCUUAUCUGUGUGGGGAACAAGCAACUGGGUAAAUUGGAAUGUCCAGCGGAGUUACCAUCCCAAUUAAAUGUUCAUUUGUAUCUUUUCUGGGGGGAAAAAGUUGACCUGCAGUAAAAAAACAAACAACUUUGACCAUUUUUAUGUCCAUUGGAUAUAUUCCUUUUUAUCAUCUAAAAAAAGAUUACUAGUACUAAUCAUUGUAGUGGCAAGAGUGUGAUUUAACGCUUCUAAAGUCACACUCAGAAAGACAAGUAGAAACCAGCACCCAGCACAGCCCAGGUCUUUUCUCAUCUCUCCUUUCCUCAUUUAUUACUAAAGGAAUCUGGCUGAUAGUUUUACUUCUUUAUGCUACCAAAAAGAGACAAAGAUAAAAAUUACUUUUUAUUCCUGUCAAUCGGAUGGAAACACAAAUGUCAUGGGGUUUUGUAUCAUUGAAGAAACCUGGUGUCUAGGAUGAAAUUAUUUUAAAGAACUUCCAGUAAAACACUUGAACAAACUGUGAAAGGAAAAGAAUUAGAGUGUGUUUGAAUGGAAGACUUGUGACCUAUAGCUGGAACUUUGAUCUUCAGCAUUCACCUUUGUGUGACUUCAGCGUCUCGUUUUAAUUCCCUGCUUCUGGGCAGGGGACUCCGGUCUUAGAAUAUUUGGAUAUACCUGAAUUGUAGAUGGCAAAAAAAAAAAAUUGAUGUUGUGUUGUGGUUUUGUUUUUAAAAAAUUAAAACGGGUCAAUUUUCUAAAUGUUGUCAUAGGUUUAUUUCUGUUUUCUUUAUCCUUGGUAACUGAACUUGAGGUCAGUGGGAGUUAGAAACAAGUUAUAUAUAAAUAUGUUUUUGCUUUAGACUGUUUUGAUUCUGAUCUCUAUCCAUUCUGAAAGAACCAGGCCUUUUUAGUACUUAUGUCAAAGGUUAGUUGUGGGCUUGAAAUAGGAAUACACAGAAGGCACAGCACAGAGCCUGUCAUGUGGUUGUUGAUACAUGGUAGCUUUAAAAAGUUGUCCUAGUAUUAUACACGUCAUUUUAAAAGGAAACAGGAAAAAUUUAUCUACAAGUGCAUUUUUCCAGGAGCCAAUUCCCAUGUCAUUUUUAUCUAAAAUACCUACUUACAGAAUGGAUAUACCCCUUAUUACCCUAUUUUAGCUUCUCUGGAGAAUUUUUGUUGUUUUCUUCGAGAGGACUUUAUCUUGCCUUUCUUUUUUUAAGAUCUAAAAUUAAUCUAGAAGCACUUAGAAAUUUUUAUUUUAAUUCUAGUAAUAUCAGAUGUGAAGCAAUGUAGGGGUACUUCCAAGUAUUUUGACACCCUUUUGGGUAGGGUUUUUUACUUUUGAGCAGGUGAGAGGUUUUUAGCCAAUUUGUGAAUAAUGUGAAACAUAGUGUUUUAAUAAUUGCUAAAUUCAGUUAUAUCUAUACAUGUUAUAUACACAUGUAAAUAUGACUAUCCAAUUUGCAUAUUCUUGCCUUUUUGCGAAAGAUUCUAAAUUUUGUGCCCUUACCUGGCUGUGGAUGUGUAUUUGUUUUUAAAGCAUAAACCAACAUAAAUUGAAGUAUAGAAUAGAUGCUUGAUUAGUCUUUCUUAUGGAAAUCAGAAUUAUGAGCAAUUAGAUUUUGGCGAAAACUCGUAGGUGCUUACCAAACUCCAUUUCCUUCUCUAGGGCAUACAGCCAGGGGUACACUUGGCAAAAAGUAAACUUUGCCAUUCCCAGACCUCGGUAAAAAACAUCUCACCCACCCAGUCCUAUGAGCUCUUUCCCCAUCUGCUGGCUGAAUGCACAGGAGGAUGAUCCCUGGAAGAUGGCAGAGUCACACAAUGGAAGGAGCCUGGGUUACUUUAUCACUGCUUCAAGGAGAGCAUUGUGAUAAGAGGAAUUUUUGUUACAGUAAGCCAUUGAGACUUGGGGAUCUGUCUGUAACAGCAGCUAGUGUUACUCUCAUAAAAGAUGUAGUCAGAUCUGAUCAC